CGUAGCGAUGCGUCAUUCGUAAGGAUUCGACUCUUAGAACUGGCUCUUUUGGGUGAGCCGAUUCACACUUCUGUGGCCGCGCGUGCAAAUUUAUGAAAAUCAUUCGCGCUCAACCAAGUCGCCUAGGCUUAUAUUUGAGAAUAAUUUUGAAGAAAUAUGAGUUCAGAUGUUAGUGAUGUGAAUCUGGAUUCUCUGUAUCAGCAGAUUUUGCUCAGUGAGCAACAAGUUUCUGAGAACACUCGGCAGCUCCAUGAAGCAAAAUCAUCCAUCACCAAGGCGGAGGAGAAAAUCAAGUCCUUCACUGAAAAGCUGGAGCGUGCGCACGCUGAACUGGAUGAGAAGGCUCAGCUGGAGGCUGAACUGUUGCUGCAGCUGAAAUUGAUCAAGAAACAAGAAGAAGAAAUAACGAAGAAGAAACAGGACUUGCUCCAGCAACAGAACAGGCUGAGACAGGAGCUGGAGCAGUUGAACAGAGAAGCAGCAGAGGAGAAAGAGCAGUUCCUGAAUGCCAUCAGAACCUUCAACUGUGACUUUAACCUGCUGAAUAAAAGGGACCUCAUCUUCGAAAGUCAGAUCAGAUCUGAAAUGCAGACUCUCCAGUCAGAAGCUGAGGCACUAACCAAAGAGAUGGAGAGGAUAGAGCAAGAAAACUCCCAGCUGAUGGCUUUGCAAUCCGAGCAGCAGUCUCUAAAUGCAGAGCUUCAGGGGCUGCACUCCCAACUAUCAGAUCUGGAGAGGGAGCUGGAGGAGGCAGAGGCACUCACCGAGUCGCUGAAGACUGAAAAGCAAACGGCCGCUCGGAAACCUCUGACAGACAGCACCUGCCUCAGGCCCCACUUCACAACAGCAUCCAGUUGCUAUAUCAUGUCCUGCAUGAAGGGGAGGGGAUCAAUAGAUAGCGUGUCUCUGGCAGGAAGCGGCUUCCCCUACGGCCGUGUAAAUCAUACACACGCCCAUCGAUGUUCUCACAAAUCUCUCUCAUUAGCAGCAAGCUGGAUUAAAGCCCUGGGAGGUGCUGAAGAUGUGGCCAGUGCGGCGGUUCUUCGUCAGCGUGUAACCACUGAAGAAAGAUCUAGAAGCACAUAAGGAGCUGGAGAUGCUGCACGCGACCCUCAGCGCGGAAAUUCACUACUUGCGUUCGGUAACUGUGUUUAUUACACACAUUAUGUCAUGAUAGUUUUUAUUAAUGUUCAUAACGGCAGGUGAAGUCAUCUGUGACACAUUGACACGGUUAUUUAUGAGAAAAAAAACCUUGCAACACGAAUAGCUGUCUGGUUUAAUCUGCUGAUGAAAUGCGAUGUUCGUCUCUCGGCAGAAAUUAUCACCGGAGCCGAAGGAAUGAUGAGAUUGCUUUUGUUCAGCAGUUACCCGUGAGUUUGAUGUUCACGGACAAUCUGUUGUGUUUCAUGGUUUGUUGACGAUUUCACGAAACAAUACACAAAGUCUUCGUGGUUGUGCAUUGUAUUGUUCAAUCCCCCCCCCCCCCCCCCCCCCGUACGUUUCUGUUUGUAAUCUAACUCAGUGUGAAGGUAUGGAAUGAUGCCCUCUAGUGGACGAAGCUGUAAAUGACAAGCCCAAAAUACAGUCCAGGUCAUGUUAGUAGUGAUGUUGAUGUAUGGCUGAAAAUCCACCAGUCUCAGAGAUGUAUAGUAAAUGUUAAAAUGUUAAAAUUUAAGUUAAAAUGAUUAGUUUAAAUUUAUUCACAGCUAGCCGUCUUCAAUACCCAGAUCUGAGAUUUCAGAUAAACUGAAGACGCAGUUCAGUGUGAGCUUUUUUUCCAUUCAUCUGCUGCCAUCUAGUGGCCAUUAACUUACACCGCUUUCAAUAAAUAAAUAUUACACACAGAGAGAUGAGUGUACACAAGAGAAACUACACACACUAUCUGUCUACACAAACACUCAUUCUCUCAACACACACCUGUUCUUUAUCUCUACACACACUCUCUCUCUCUCUACACACACACUCUCUCUCUCUACACACACACUCUCUCUACACACACUCUCUCUACACACUCUCUCUCUACACACACUCUCUCUCUCUCUACACACACUCUCUCUCUCUCUACACACACUCUCUCUACACAC